AUGUCUAAUAUUGAACCUAAAGAAGGUGAUUUUUAUACUUCCAAUAAUAAUUUUGUUGAAGCAGUUAAAGAAUAUGCAAAGAAAAAAGGAUUUCAAGUUCGUUUAGGAAAAGUAGAAAAAAAUGCAGUAGGAAUUAUUCGUAAAAGAACUAUAUUAUGUAAUCGAGAAGGUGAUCCAGAAAAAACAUCUAUUA